GUCAAUGGCGGGGAGUGAAAGAUGGAUUUUUUCGAAAAAUCAGUUAUUGAACACUCCAAGUCGAAAAUGUGGUAUAGACGUGGACAAAGAAUUUUCCUACAGGCAACAGGCAGCUAAUUUUAUUCAAGAUAUGGGUCAAAGGCUUCAAGUUACACAGCUGUGUAUUAACACAGCAAUUGUCUAUAUGCAUCGUUUCUACAUGUUUCAUUCGUUUACAAAGUUUCAUCGGAAUGCAAUUGCAGCAUGUGCUUUGUUUUUGGCUGCAAAAGUAGAGGAACAACCUCGUAAAUUGGAGCAUGUCAUUAAAGUUGCUCAUAUGUGUCUCCAUCGAGAUGCUCCACCAUUGGAUACAAAAAGUGAGACGUAUAUGGAGCAAGCCCAUGAACUUGUCUGCAAUGAAAAUAUAUUACUACAAACAUUAGGUUUUGAGAUUGGAAUUGACCAUCCUCACACCUACGUAGUCAAAUGUUGCCAGCUGGUUAAAGCAAGCAAGGAUAUUGCCCAGACUUCCUACUUCUUGGCCACUGACAGGUUGUGUUUAAAUUACUAUCUAGUGUUUCUUGAUAUUUAGAGAUUUUUUCCAGACUUGUAGCUACCUCUAGUUCAUCAGCUACCUGCCCACUCAGUAUAGCUUUGUACAGUCUAGUGGGAUCCUAUUUUAAUGUUAUUUUCUGAUGUGUGACUUACUAGUGUAAGUACGUUUCAUUAAAAUACUAACAUUCCAAAAUCAAAACCACACUCAUGCUUCUAGAAGAAUAAUUAGCUAUAUUACUCUAAUAUUGAGUUUCAUUACUUGAUCAAGUUUUCUGUAUUGACAGUCAAAAGUAACUGGUUUGUAAUAUUUUGUCAAAAUAUUUAGAUGUAGUUUUUUAAGUAUUGUUUGUACUUGGACAUGUUCUGAAUUAUUUAUUGCAUUAAUAAAUUAUUUGUUAAAGUU